AUGGAUGAGGACGAUUUGGAGCUGAAUGUGGCAGAUAGUAUUAUCAGUACGCGUCAGAAGCGAGCGAAUGCUGGGAACAGAUUGAAGACGCUGUUGCAAAUGCAGGAGCCGCUUGAUGGUGAGGACGACAUUUUCGCAGAGGUCGAGGACGAUCAGGAAUUCGACAUCGAGACGGCCCAAACGGUUGAAGAGACGGUUGAAGGUGAGUCUGAAAAUGGCAAUGAUGAUGACGACGACGAGCCAGAAGGUGGCGACGACAAUUUCAGUGAUUCUUCUGACUCCAGCAUCGAAAAUGACGAGGAGCCAGAAGAUGCUGGAGAGCAGGCGCUGGCCAAACAACAAAAGGAAGCCCUCAAAGAGAAAAAGAAGGCAGAGAAGCGAAAGAUGUUUGAAAUCAAGACCCGCAACAAUGCUCCGAAACCAGCCAAAGCUCGUAAGUUUGUGGCAAAGGCCGAAAGCCUGUUAGACUCGGAAAGACGUGUAUCCAAACGUGCACUUGCUAUUCAAAACAAAGAACGGGUAAUUGAAAGAUUGCGGGAAAAUGAAAGACGAAAGGCAGAGUACGUUUCGCCGGUGAUCAAGAAGGCGCCCAAACUUACUCAAGAACAACGACUCGAAGAAGCCAAAAUCACUGAAAUGAAAAACACUGCGUCCUUGCAUCAUUUUGUCGAGGUCGAGGAGUACCGGAAGCAGCAGCAACGUCUAAUGUGGGCAAACAGACGACCGAAGCUGUCAAAAUUCAUCAGAUACAGCAGUCAUUCUUUAUUGGAGUACCCGACAAUCAUUGAGGUUGAAGUCAAAGAGGAACGGCCGCUCACGCCUGAUUCGGAACCUGAAAAGCAGUCAGAAUCUCAACAGGUUAAUCUCGAGUCCCGGGCCGAAUCCCGAGAGCCUGAAUCCCAAGAGCCCGAGUCCCAAGAGCCCGAGUCCCAAGAGCCCGAGUCUGAGCUUUCUGAACGGUUCGAGUCUGAGCCUCCGGAAGAAGCCCCUCACGAAGAACCCGAGCCUAUCGAAGCCACUGAACCCGAAACAAUAAACCAAGCUGAAGAUGGCACUGCAGAGCCUGAAGCAAAUGCAGACUUUGAAAUCAAAGAGGAACUCCCAGACGACGCUACUCUGAUGCAACGAGCGAUAGAGAUGGAACGCAUUAGGGAAUUGGAAAAACAAGAGGAGGAGGAAGAGAAAGAGGAGGAGGAAAUCCGUGAAGUCGAAGGUCCUCCUACUAUCUCUACGUUCAACUCUAUUACCAUGCACGAUUUCCCCGAUUCGGCAUACAACAAGCACACCGUCAAAGGUGUGUAUUUCGGGGAGCAGGUUCUGAGGUCAUCUGCAGUCCCACCAAAGCGUAUUUGUGCAAUCACUGGCAACAUUGCCCGCUACCUUGACCCGGAAUCCGGCAUCGCCUACUACUCCCCCAAGACGUUCGACAUUCUUAACAUGAUCCGGAACUACGAAGUUGCCUGGAGCAACGAACUAGGCGGCGUGUACCUAGGCCUUCGUGGCGGCCAACGCCAUGCCAGUGGAGUCCCCGAAGGAUUCGACUAA